CCUGCGUCUCGCUCGCCGACCUGCUCCUGGCCUCAGAGUCUCCUGCCCAUCAAGGCGCACCCUGCAGCUCGCUCCAGCCCCGUCCCCAGCCCAACACUGCGCUAUCGAUGGUUCCUCUUCGCUCGCUCGUCGCCGGAGCCCUGCUGGCCUUGGCUCUGCCUCCGCAGGCUCUCGCCCAGACUCAACAGCCCGGCGUCCCCUCCGUCGUCGGCAACUGCGUCUCGGCCCGACACAACUUCACAGACCGGUCCAGAGUCGCUGCCCCUGCGGCGUCGGAUAGACGAGGCGCUCCUCCGCUGAUCGACUACACCGUCUAUGACUGGACCAUCGACUUUGCCAAGGACCUGGUUACGUUUGGUGCCAACGGCGGAGUCCUGCUCAGCGUCAUGCCCAAGGACAGCCUGAAUCCCAACGGAGCCAGCUCCAGGUUGUCGACGACCCGGUACAUGCUCUAUGGCAAGGUUUCGGCUCGCAUCAAGGCCCCGCCCCAGAGCGGCUUUGUGACGUCGUUCAUCACCAUGUCUGACAUUGGCGACGAAAUCGAUUGGGAGUUGGUCCAGCAGACUUCCCAGACCAACGUCUUCUACCACCAAGCGCAGAACCAGCCGCCAUGGAACCUGCCCGCGCUAUCGCCCGAGAAUGCGAUGCACUACUCGAGCUGGUCCGUGCCAAGCUUUGGCGAUUGGCACAUCUAUACCAUCGAGUGGAAGCACAACGAGAUCAACUGGUAUGUCGACCAAGUUCUCUACAAAACCUUCACCAAGUCUGGCGACGGAAUGCAAUCGCCCCAGGUUUCGUCGGGGUUGAUUCCCUUCUGGUACCCCGUGACCCCAUCGCAGAUCCAGUUUGCCCUCUGGGAUGCUGGAGACAACCCCGGAACUGCUGGCUGGGCCGGUGCCCCGGACUGGUCCAACAUGGAUCCCACCUACGGACGAUACGCCAUUUUCGAAUACGUCGACAUCCAGUGCUACGACGACAAUGACAGCCCCGUGCCAAAGUGGCCCGCAGACACCGUCGACAACCGACAAGGCAACGGCGUCAUCGAUCCCCCGAUGAAUGCAGAUGGCAGCGUUCCUGGCGUGACCAACCCGCUGCUGACCCCCAGCACCAACACCUCCAACCUUCCACCUCCGUCCGCCCAGGCCAACCUGAACCCAUACAUCGAUCCGGCGACCCUAUACCGACCGAUGAGCACCGGCACACGCGCCAUUCCACUCGCGGCUGGCCUUAUCUCUGUGGUCGCAGCGGUUCUCAUGGCCUAAUUUCCGCGUGUGAGCUCUGUUUUGAGGGUGAACCCUCAGAGAUUCCGCCUCCACCAUCUGCCGCUAUGUUCUAGAUGCGCGCCUCUCUAUCCCACAUCGAGCUGACUGCCAUUUUCUGAUGUGGAGGCGCAGAUGCUGCUCCCCGCAGCGCCAACGCUGCCCAUGACUAUGAGGCCGAUGCUGCCGUGCUGCUCGUGGUCUAGAUUUCGCUGUCCGUUUCUUCUCGAUCCUUGCAUGUGUCUCGUCCUUGUUGAGCGUCCCAUGUUUCCUCCGUUCCUGCUUCGUAUCCCUGCUCUUUGCUUCUCUCGGUUGCUGCUCCGCCUGGGCCCGACCGCCAGCAAUACACUGUCCUAUCGAUUGCCGA